GGAACACAACCCUGUACGGCUGGACAGGGAGAACAUCAGGUGAACAGAGAACAAGUGUUUUGAACUCGACGAACACAAGUUUUCAUUUCAGGUAACGCUGGAAACUUCAUUUUGUGGGAGUAAUUGUGUGUGUAAUCGUUUGAUAGAUAAAUAAAAACAACUCACCACUAUCAAAAAAAAGGAUUUGUAAAAAAAAAAUCAAGUGCCGGUUGAAUAUCGUAGUGUAUUGGUGAUACAUUCAAUGCCUUUUUAAGUGAAGAUCGGCUUGUUAUGUGAUCAAGUGUGAAGCAGUAAAUAGAGCGGAAUACAUUAGCCGAAUCUUCCCGUGACGCCCGUGGCCAUGCCCUCUGCACCUGAGCUAUGUCUGACGAAGGAGAGGACGACGAAGAACUACCAGAAGAUCGGAGAAACGGAGCCUCGCGCGUGAAAACACGUCGGAAACACGUCACGCUCCUGCUAAGUCAUGUGACGUGUUCUAUGGUCGCCAUGGAAACAGGCUGGAGAAAGCGAGAUUUGACUCUGCACUGUGAAAGGAAUGUGGGAAUCCUAGUUACGAAGUAGUUACUCGAAGGGAAAGAGAAGGAGAGGGAGCAUAGACGAGAGGAGAAAGAAAAGAAAGACAAACAAAAAAAAUACACAUAUCGUUUUCUUAACAAUACGAAACAAGGGGGGGAAGAAAUCAUCCACCAUGAACACGACAACGAGAGAGAAUAAGGACCCUACAGAACGCAGAAAAAAUCGAAACACGGACGACUCGCUAACACACACAGGAUGGUCGUACAGACUACCACUACCUCAGACCCCCGACGACCCCAAGGACCCGAGAACGACCGCCUCCACCCUCGCCACGACCCACGACUCCUCGAGAAGAAAGAGGACCGCCCACGCAAGUCUUAAGAUGCUGGGCGUGGUCGCGGUUCUAAGUCUUUGGUCAGGCAAAGCGGCAGCGCAGGAUACAAGCAUACGGCUUCGGCAAGGAACCGUCCAGGGGAUUGUGACCCGAUCCAACCAUAGGCCUAUAUACGCCUACCUCGGAAUCCCGUACGCGAAACCUCCUGUGAAUGAACUCAGGUUUAAGCCUCCCGAGCGACACGAGGGCUGGAGUGCCACCCUUUACGCCAAAGCCUUCGAAGCCGCGUGCCCCCAGCCCUUCCUCACGGGGGUACAGACCUCCGAAGACUGCCUUACGCUCAACGUGUGGAUCCCGGAGCCAGCGCGAGGGUUCCGAGCGUAUCCUGUUGUAGUGGUGUUGGAGGGGGAGCUGUUCGUGACGUCAUCACCCUCCCGCUUCCCCGGCCAAGACCUCGCUGCCGUUGACGUCAUCGUUGUCACGGUUAAUUAUCGUACUAAUGCUUUCGGCUUCCUAUCAUGGGAAGACGCCAUCCUACCCGGAAACCUAGGGCUGCGAGACCAGUCCUUGGCGCUCCAGUGGGUGGCCGAAAACAUCGACAAAUUCGGAGGCGACCUGAAGAGGAUCACGCUGCUGGGCCACUCCGCCGGCGCCGCCUCCGUCGCCUACCAUCUCGUGCAUCCGAGGGGCCAGGGCCCGUUCCAGCAGGUGAUCCUCCUCUCGGGCUCCAACCUAGCUCCGUGGGCGUUGUGCAGGCGUCCCCGGGCGGCGGCGCGGCGGCUGGCGGAACACCUGGGCUGCGGCCUCGUGUCUGGCUCCUCCUUCCUGCUCGACUGCCUCCUGGUCAAGGACGUGAACCAGAUCGUGAAGGGGGUCGAGAGGCUCAUUGAGGAAGGAAACCCCAACUACCUCUUCGGCCCCGUGAUCGACACCUUCCUGCAGGACGACGGCAAGAUGAUGGUGCCCUUGGAGCCUCUCAGUUCCAUCAGGGAGAACGCCAACAGGAGGAUCCCCGUGCUGACGGGCCUCUCCGACACCGACGGAUCCGUGAUGCUCUAUAUAAAACGCGAGAUCACCCAUAUGACCUACGAUGACCUCUCUCGCUACGGCCACGAGAUCCUGGUGCCUCUCUUGACCUCCCUCGCAGGCAUCAACUAUCCUGCUGUGAAUAGGAUGAUUGAAUAUGCGUAUCUGGACAAAGCGCCGCCAGGAAGCAGGAGUGACUUGGUUCUUGAGAUCGUGAAGAUGUUCACCGACGGGAUGUUCAAAACGCCCGUGGUUCAGUUCGCAAGAGAGGUGGCCAAAAGGGGUCUUACCACGUAUCUGUUUGUCAAUGAGUUUAAUGGGCCUGAUGUUUAUGAUUCCCAUACCAAUCUCACAGGAGCUCAGCACGGCUCCGAAAUGGGCUACCUGUUCAGCCCGGCCGCCCUUCAGCCCAUCAUAAACCGGCCUCUGACUGUUAAGGAAGAUUUCAUCAGUCAGAAUCUGAAGAGGGCUAUCUAUUCCUUCGCCAGCAAUAAACGCCCGACGCUGUGGCAGUACAGCCCCGUGUGGGAGAAGUUCCUGCCCGAGACGCCCUUCUACGCCGCCAUCGCCUCCAGCCAGAUUCUGAGGAACUACCAGCACCACCAGAUCGCCUUCUGGAACGACCUGCUGCCUAACCUCGCCUCCCUGACCGCCACCUCGCCCGCGACCACGCCCACGGGCACCCAGGUCACCACGCCCACCACAGGUAUCGGCCGCCCCGUCACCGGCACGCAGAUCAUCACCGCGGGCCCGACGGACAAGAGCUACGAGCCGGCCGUGUGGGCGCUGGUGGCGGUGAUCCUGCUGUUGGUGGCGGCCAUCGUGUGCUACGUGGUGUGCUCGCGGCGCCGCCAGAUGCUGGCCUCGGGCACGCUCAGCGACCAAUGA